AUGUUGGCCGUGCGUGGUACAAUGGAUGCCUUGCAGCGCUCUACCUCAUUCGCUGGUCAGAAAGAGAGUCUUCUUCGUCAACCUUCGGCCGAAGACCUCGAUGCCGCUCAUCAACUCGUGUCCUCCGCCCGUGGAGAGCGACACGGCUCACACAGUGUGACACAUGAGACGCUCACCAGCGAGCCUUCACCCGACCAACCUUAUUUGCGACGAACUAGCCCUGGCCAAGAUACUACCGACGUUAUGCGGAUUUCUGGGGAUCCCUCCGAGCAGACAGAGGACGCCAGCGGACUAGGUCAAAUGUGCAGUAACUGCGGCACUACCAAAACGCCUCUAUGGCGACGCUCACCGACCGGCAACACAAUAUGCAAUGCAUGUGGGCUCUAUCAAAAAACACGGAAUGCUCCACGACCUUCCAACUUCAAACGUCCAAACUCUGUCGCGCCUGCUGAUAGUCCACGUCAGACGACGGACACAUCACCAUCGGCUUCUGCCACGACACCACCGCCCACCCAAACCCCACAGCCCAGCAUCCCAUAUAGAGUGCCUGAGCAUACACCAGGAUCCUGCCCUGGUGGAGGGAAUUGCAAUGGUGCUGGUGGUGCUGAAGGGUGCGGAGGUUGUCCUGCAUACAAUAAUAGAGUUGCAAGGACAACUAAUGUUGCCUCUGUCAUCAAUCCUCCCAACGACACAGAAAGUGACGCCCACAGUACAGCCGGAUCGGCCACAGGAUCAAACGCUCCUAUCCCAGCUCAGCCAACACCAACGAGUCAAGGUAAUACAUCCAUGGUCGUUGCGUGCAAAAAUUGUGGGACUACCGUAACUCCUCUGUGGAGAAGAGAUGAGCUUGGACAUCCAAUAUGCAAUGCAUGUGGUUUGUACCACAAACUUCAUGGUUCACACCGACCUGUCCAGAUGAAGAAAUCUACGAUCAAGAGGAGGAAGCGGGUGGUCCCGGCAUAUCCAGACGCUCCGAGACCGGAGGGUGCGGCUUCUCAAGCCGCGACUUCGAUAUCACCUGAGCCAGCAUCCCCAGGAAUUGAUGGGGGUGAGUCAAUACAAGGUACACCUGCAACAAAGAGGAAGAGACCUCCCCCUACAGUCGACUAUACAGGUUAUGUUCCUGAUAGUGCACGAAAUGAUGGACCGGGAGAGAUUCAAAGACCUACCGAUGACUUUACAGUGCAGGCGCGACUUGCAGCUGCAGCCGCUGAGGAGAUGCAACUUGACCCCGCGUUGGUCGGCGCUGGGCAACAUGAUAGGAGGUUGGAGUCGACACCUUUACGAACCAGUGAGAGAUCAGAAGUUUCACCGUCGAGCUAUCCACAGACGGAACGGGUUCGGAAUGAGAGGCGCACGCAAUUGAUGCGCGAAGCUGAAGAAAUGAGAGCAGCACUACGAGCAAAGGAACGAGAGAUUGAUGACCUCAACUGA